GCAGAGGCGGAAAACCCAGGACUGAUCAGUCGGGUACGUUCGGUCAGUUAAGGGCUGCAGACCCAUCAGCUGGGCACGGACAGCCUUGGAGGUCUGUUUUCUUUUGUGUCUCCUGUGCAGUCAUGGAGUUGAUCUGGUUGGUGCUCCUGGUGAUCGUCCUUUAUUUUGUCCUAUUUUACCGCUGCACUGGGGCUUGGACAAAGCCAGUGAUCCGAGAGAAGGGGAAAGCGGAUGGCUCGCUCCGGUAUGGUGUGAAGGACAUGCCAGCAAUGCGUCUGUCUGGCAUUGCAUUGAAAAUAUCCACACAUCUAUCAAACACGAUCUUUGGACAACUGAUUUUAGUUCCACUGCUCAUGAGGAUAACCAACCUUACCUUGCUGCGGCACCUAGUUAUUACAGAAGACCCAGUAUUUAUUCCUGUUGUUAUCCCUGAGGGCAACACUGAACCACCAAGAGAUGAGACAAGUGACAGCAUUCUGAGGGAAGUCCUGCAGCUGAGUGUUACUGAAGAAAGGCCUGGAUUUAACUUCAAAAGCAUCUCUGAUUUCUUGGAAGGAUACAAGUCAGGUAGGAUUACUCCAACCCAGAUUGCUAAGAAUGUAAUUAGUGCUCUCGAAGAUGCCGAUCAAGCAGCUACUCCAUUGCGUGCUAUAGUGCAGUAUGAGGGUGACCAGAUAAUUAAGAUGGCAGAAGCCUCCACUGCUCGAUAUAGAGCCAAUGCACCUCUUUCCCCACUGGAUGGAAUUCCUGUCUGCGUGAAGGAAGAAAUAAAAGUCGUUCCAUAUUAUCAACGGGUGGGAACUCUUUAUCUUGGUGAGGAGCGAGAAACUGAGGAUGCCACUGUCACAAGAAAGUUAAGGGAGGCUGGAGCAGUUAUCAUUGGUGUAUCCAACAUGCAUGAGCUUGGAUUAGGCGUAACUGGCUGCAACACCAACAGGUAUCAUGGUGUUCCCAGAAAUCCUUAUAGUCCUCACCAUUUUACUGGAGGGAGCUCCAGCGGCUCGGGGGCGGCUGUAGCAGCAGGUCUUUGCCCAUUGGCUAUUGGAAGUGAUGGAGGAGGUUCAGUAAGAAUUCCAGCAUCAUUUUGUGGUGUGGUAGGACUGAAAGUUACUUUUGGUCGAAUCAGCACCAUUGGGUCCCAUCCUCUUUCCUAUUCUACUGUCAGUUUGGGUCCAAUCUGUGCCUCUGUAAAGGAUGUAGCUAUAUCCUAUGCAAUUCUGGCAGGCCCAGACCCCAAUUAUCCGUAUGGUCUGCAACAACCUCCAUUAAACUUCAACAAUAUUGGAAAUCCUGAUCUGAAGAACAUAAAAAUUGGGAUAGACUGGAAGUUCUUCAAGGAUUGUGAUAGUGAAAUUUUGGACAUCUGUCAGAAAGCGGUGCAGUAUCUAAAAGGUCUCGGUGCAACACUGGUGGACCUGCACAUCCCAGAGCUGGAGGAGGCACAAGUUUCUCAUGUUAUCUGCAUUCUGAGUGAGAUACGACAGUCCUUACACAUGGAUUUUAAUAAUCACUACAACAAGAUGAAUCUAGAAACUCAAGCAACUUUAGCUCUUGCUUCUAAGUUCACAGCACUUGAUUACAUACAGGCUAAUCGUCAGCGAUCGCGAGCUAUGCACUUCCUGAAAGAAAUCUUCAAUGAUGUGCAAUGCAUCAUCACACCAGCUAUACCCUGUACUGCUCCACCUUCUGAACCCUCCGACUUCAUCACAGGUUGCAGUGAUUUUCAUACCUUGUUCUGCACAAUAAGAUAUAUGCAGCUUGCAAAUUUGACAGGAAUUCCUUCUCUCGUGAUUCCAGUCGGGUACAGCUCCUCUAGGCUACCCAUAAACCUUCAGAUUAUGGGUAAAUGGUGGGAUGAAGCAAUUCUUUUCCAAGUUGGAAUGAAGGUAGAACAGUUCCGUGCUGAAACGAAGAAACCUCAGAUUUAUUAUGAUCUUCUGCAAUGAAGCAUUAAGGACCUCGAGGUGAUUUGUUGUGUUUUACAAAUUGAAGCCAUGUUCCUAUUCAUGUACUUGCAGGAAGCAUUUAAUUCUUGUUUAUAAUACCUUGAAAUAUGAAGCUGCCUCUUUUUAAAAACAUUUCAUCAAGUUGUCCCCUGCUGAAAAACUAUGCAUUCAUCCUGAUACAUUUCUCUUUGUUGUACGGCAUGUUAGUCCUCCUGUUGGGAGGCCAAAUUGGUUGGUUCUAGAUACAGCUUUUCUCUUUCCUUUUACAAAUUACCUGUAAGCUGCUGGCUGUUGAGAAGGAUGUAAGAUUAAGAUGAUUACUUAUGCACAUACAGUAAAUAACCUAAUGCAAAUCAUGGAGUAUAAUAUCAUGUUAAGGGAAUUGACAGUAGUUCAAUUUAAAUAAUCCAGCUCAAACUAAUGAUUUCAAGGAGCAAUUUAAUUCGUAGUGAGAACCUAAUUAAAGGUCAAUAUACUGAACUUCGGUGUCUAAUAAUUCAAUUUUUGAUGAUAGUGAGCAGCUUAAUCAUUAAAUCUGGGAGUCUCAGAGAAAUACUUGCGACUUGUAACAUCAUGUUAAACAGCUGUGUUCAUUCUUGCAGCAUUGCCUGGUUUCCUUUAUAGGCCUGACCUAAAUGUGUACGUCUUAGCGUAUGGAACAAUUCAAAUGCAUACUUCUGGAUUUUGAUGAUAGAUAAAUAUUAUUGUCUUAAGUUAUUAUGAGUUAUUCCAAAGAUUAAACCUAUAUAUAUAUAUAUAUAUAGAAAGCUAAAUGCUGGAAAUCUGAAACAAAAACAGAACAUGUUACUAACACAGCUGGUCAGCAUCUGAGAAAACACACAAGUUUAUGUUUUGAUGAAGAUGGUUCUGCACCUUAAACAUGAAACGUGACGUUCUUACCAGUUGAAGCUAGCCUGGAAAUGACCAGGAGUUUUCAGGACUGUAAGACAAAUUACAAAACUGAUUUUUAUUUAAAUUCUUAUUCCUAUAUCAUAAGAAAUGUAAUUUAACAAAUUACUAUAAUGUAGAGAGAUUUAAAGUCCAUUUGCUGCUUACGUUAUGAGUUAAUCUUAAAUAACCAAACUUCUAAUGUUGAAAAACACUAUGUUAUCUAAUAUAAAAGCAAAAUAAUGUGGAUACUGGAGAUCUGAAAUAAAAACAGAAAAUGCUGGAAAAACUCAGCAGGUCUGGCAUCAUCUGUGGAGAGAGAGAAACAUUUAACAGUCCAAUAUGACUCUUCUUCAGAACUAUCUUACCUAAUAGUUUUGUUUGCCUGAUACUACUAAGUAGCUACUAAGCCACUGAGAGUUUGACUUUUGCCUGUCAGUGGAGAGACUCACUGUCCCAUUCUCAAAGGUGUUCUAUCUAUAGAGUUUUACAUUCGUAGUGAGUUGAAUAAGCAUUGCAGAUACUUCAACUUGAAAUGACUUUUGCCCCAACAUCAAAACUUUCUGGCAAGCUAUUUUAGCACAAUUGAUAAAGCGCUAUGAUAGCAACUGUGUAUGUCUCCCUUAAAUUGUUCUGCAUUUUAUGUUGUGAAAUUCUCAUUCUUUUAUUUGAAUUGCUAAGAUGAUUUGAGGAAAAUUGCUACAAACUUUAGAUUUCGGCAGGGGUCUAGGAGGGGUGAUAUUAGACUGAUUACCUGUUGUACAACCUGCCCAAUUUUCCCUUACAUUGACUUCAUUAGGAAGAGGAAUCAGAUGGGGUAUCUAACAGGUGAUCAAUCCGAUAUUGCCCAUUUUACACUCCAUGCUGAAAUCAAAAGGUCCAGUGAGUGUUACUGAACAGUUGAGAUAAGCACAAUUUUUAUUACAUAUUUGAAUAGAAAUCCUAUAUUGCACCUGCAAUGUUUGUUGAUGAUUUGUAUUUCUAACUAUUGCUGUUGUACUAUUGUGACUUGACAGACCAACCACUUAAUUGUGCUGCUCAUAUGAAUCUGUUAAAUUCAAUAGACCAUCCAAUAAAGUAUUUCAGAUGAGUAUGAUGAGCCCCAGCAGCUUUUUGGGUAUAUAUUCA